AUGCUGCUCUGGCAGCACCAGCCGACCGGACGAGUGGGAGCAGCUUUGGCCGUCGCUGUGCGUCAGCCCCUGAGCCAAAUGCAUCUUGACAUUAGGAAAGGAAUACAUUUGCUCAGCCCUUGUACUAACACUGCAGCUAUCCCCAGUUGUCUUUUUGACGACCCCGCGCCGAUUCCUUCCCCCACAGAGCAGCGGGAGGGAGCGUCCCCGGCCCGGCUCGCCGCGCCGGACGACAGCAGCCCCGCCGGCACCAAGAGCAAAGCAGCCUUCGCGGAAACCUCCCUGCAGAGACAUGAGGCGGAAAAGCAGAAGGGGCUGCAGGAGGCUCAGCUCACCUUGGCCGCUCGCCUGGGGGAAGCCGAGGAGAAGAUCAAAGUGCUGCACUCAGUCUGGAGCUCUGCUUGGGAUGGUGCCACCAGGGCCAGGUUCCUGCUUGGCUUUGCCAAAUGCCGCAGGCGUGUGGGGGCGACGGCAGCGGGGCCGUGCCGGAGUGACGCGCGGCUCCGUGCUCUCUUGCAGCGCGCGGAGGCGGCGCAGCGCGAGGUGGAGAGCCUGCGGGAGCAGCUGGGCGCCGUCAAAUCCCUGUGCCUGGCCUGUUUCCCCCCGGCCGGGGCCGCUGGGCAGGACAAAGUGAACUAUUCCCUGUGCUCAGGCUCGAGGCUGGAGGCAGCUCUGGCCGCCAAGGACCGGGAGAUCCUGCGGCUGCUCAAGGACGUGCAGCACCUGCAGAGCUCGCUGCAGGAGCUGGAGGAGUCCUCGGCCAACCACAUCGCCGAGCUCGAGGGGCAGCUGGCUGCCAAGAACGAAGCCAUCGAGAAGCUGGAGGAGAAACUGCAGGCCCAGGCGGACUAUGAGGAGAUCAAAACGGAGCUGAGCAUCUUGAAAGCCAUGAAGGUGGCCUCAGCGAGCUGCAGUGUUCCCCAGGCAAGUAGCAUCACGCCGCGGAUCAGGACGCCAGAAACCGGCUCUGACGACGCCAUCAAGAACAUCCUGGAGCAGGCGAAGAAGGAGAUCGAGUCGCAGAAGGGAGGCGAGCCCAAAACCGCCUCGGCGCCUCCGGCGGUCUCCAACGGCUCCGGCGGCCCCGGCUCCGAGGACGCCAUCAAGAGCAUCCUGGAGCAGGCGCGGCGGGAAAUGCCGCCACCCAGCCCCUCGGAGCAAGACAAGGGCCCCCACGAGCCCCUCACCCUGGCCCUGGAGAGCAGCAAGGAAAACCAGCAGCCCGAGAGCCGCUCGGCGCCUGUGCUCAGCGGCAAGGUCUACCCCAACAGCCAAGGGCCCGUGGGCAUCCAGGAGAUCGUGGCCAUGUCCCCCGAGCUGGACACCUACUCCAUCACCAAGAAGGUCAAGGAGGUGUUGACGGACAACAACCUAGGCCAGCGGCUGUUCGGGGAGAGCAUCCUGGGCCUGACGCAGGGCUCGGUGUCCGAUCUCCUCUCCAGGCCCAAACCGUGGCACAAGCUGAGCCUGAAGGGGAGGGAGCCCUUCGUCCGCAUGCAGCUCUGGCUCAACGACCCCCACAACGUCGAGAAGCUCCGCGACAUGAAGAAGCUGGAGAAGAAAG